GCGACAUGUGAAACUCUCCUCCGCUCCCCUUCCUCCCUCUCCUUCGACCAUAACAAUAACAAAAAAUAGUACCUAUCACAAUUCAAAGCAACAAUGGCCCAACUGAGCCUUCUCAACACAACCUGGACGUUACACCGACUCUCUCCGCUCCACCAUGGCAAAGAAUUCCCCUCCCUCCUCGACAACAACGACGCCCUGAAGACCUACGCAGCCCGUCUUUGCGACCACCUCACCGGCACCUCCUCCGUCUCAGGCGCAACCUUCCAAAUAGGCGGCGGCGGCGGUGCCUCCGACGAGACAGACCCGUCAUCUGCUUCCAAAACCGGCGCCUUACUCUCCUGCACCUGGGAACCCAUCCCCACACUCUCCCUGUCCGGCCAUACCACGACCACCGCCACCAUAUCCAACGCGGACCCCUCACCCUCGCCCUCGCCCUCCUUCCCCUCCACAAACACCAUCACAACAAACAACAACAACAACAACAACAACAACAACACCAACCGCCCAACCGCCCAACGCCCCCGCGGCCGCCCGCGCCGCCCAGCAACCACCCCCGGCACCCCCGGCGCCGGCAUCCUAAUCACGCUGACCUACGAAACCCAAACCUACCGCGCGGCCCUCCUCACGCCCUCCGCCGUAUCCUCCACCACCACCUCCACCUUCCCAGAAACAACAACCUCUCCGUCAAGCGCCAGCGCCGCACCGCAACGAACCCUCCGCUCGCACGCCCACACCCAAACCACCCAUCUCCCGCUCCUCCUCACCAGGCUCCCCGCCCUGCUCCGCCAGACACUCUUGGGGUUCUUGUCCACGACGUUCGACACGUACGCCGCGGGCUUGACGCUCCCGUCUGGGUUUUUGGGGAGGUCGUUGGAGGGGUAUCUCUCCUGCCUUGUGGGGGAGGUUCGCAGAGCGGGUGCUGGGGUUUCCGGAGAAGAGGUCGUCGGGGCGGUGGUUCGGGAUGUGCACAUCAUGUUGGGGUUUCAGGGGCCCGUGGCGCCGGGGUUGCGCGGGCUGGAUGUUUGUGUGCCGCGCGGGGUGGUGGGGGGGUUGGUUGCGGGGGGUUUUGCGGAUCAGCUAGGGGGUGAGGAUGGUGGUGGUGGGGAUGUGUUGGGGAAGAUCGCGGGGUAUUUGGAUACGCAUUUGGCGAUGAGGGUGGAUUUGAAAGAGGGGAAGGGUCUUGGGGGUAGGGAUGUAGUGAGUGUGACGAGGGUCAGUUGUGGGGGGUUUAUGUUGGGCGCGGAUGGGAAGAUGAAGUUGGUCGGGGUUGUCGGUGCUGGUGCUGGUGCUGGUGCUGGGCAGGUGGGUGCUGAGGAUGAUGAGGAGGCAGACGAGGAGGAGAGGGGGGUCCCUCCCGUUGCUGCUGGUGCUACUGCGUUGAGUCUUAAGGAUCGAGUUGCCUUGCGCGCCGCGGAGAUGCUGCUUCUAGAUGUGGUACGGAGGGCAGCCGGGGGGGAGGGUGAGAGUCAGGGGUCUUGAAGGCUGAAUGAAGCAUGCGACCAGCCGUGACUUCUCCUUACGCAGGAAACAACCAGGUAAGCUCUAAUCAAAUUACCAAGGGUUGGAGCUCUGAGGCUCCCAUCGCUAUCAGCAAAUCUAACGGAGGCUAUAAACA